CCAGUCUUGUGUCAGGUCUGCAGCGCGGAGGUCGCAGUCGCCUCUCUCUGUCUCUCAGACUGACCGGAUCCACGGUUCGGCUGCAGACGGAGCCGAUCCUGGACGGAGCGCCUCCAGGAGCGCUGCGUAAAGGCGCAGAGUCACCAGGAGCCCAACGGACUCGGUUCUCUCCAGCUGUCCUCAUAUCRGGAGGUUUUGUCCGGUUUCGGUUGCUGGAUGGUUGAGCAGCCCGACACGUCGCGGACUUUGCCCCCCGGGAUCAGAGCUCCCUGCCCGGCCAGCAGCUCCGCAGCAGCCGCUGCUCCCGGUUCCUGGAGCGUUUUUUCUUUUUCCUCUUGAUUUGUUCAGUCGCGUCCGGUUGGGUUUGAUUUGGAUUCACGGACUCGCUUCAUGGAAGGAGAUUCCCAAUGAAGAGUUCACUCUUCCCCGGAGCGGACCGGGACUCGCAGUGAUUUACCCCAACCCGCCUCUGCAGGGGCAAACCGGGAGCAGAGGAUUGAGAGACUUCCUGUGGCUCCCUGGGGUCCCGAUGCGUCAGGCCCCUCGCAGGCUUCCUGCUUCUUCCCCGUGAAACUCAGGUGGUGCGUCGGGACGAUGGCGCGCGGCCGCCUGCUGUGCGUCCUCCUGCUCUGCGUGGCGGACGGAGUGGCGGCCCGGAGCGUUCCCCAGAUCAGAACCAAAGAUCUCCGCGCGUCCAGGCCUCUCAUCAUACCAGGGUAUCCAGAAAACACCACAGUGGUGGUUGGUGGCCAGGCGAAACUCUCAUGCAAAGUCCACAGGCCGGUUUCCACCAAGGUGCAGUGGCUGAAAUCCAGCAGCUCAGGACAAACCGGAGCAGGACCGCCUCGCAUCAAGGCCCUGACAACCCUGAAAGGUAAUGGCUCCAAGGUCAGCACCCUCCAUCUGCUCAAUAUCACCAUGGAGGAUGCAGGCGAAUACAUCUGCAUGGCCGAGAGCGUCCAUGGGGGGCGGACCGCUCAGGCCAUGCAGUCAGCAUGGUUGGAAGUCCUGCCUGGUGCCAUCAAAUCCAGAACAGCAGAAGUGACCGCUGCUGAAAUCCGACCAGAGGUUCCUCAGGACCUUGGUGAGGAAGACGCCACUGAAAAUCUUCUGCUGGAGCCGGGAAACAUUUUGAAGCUGCGCUGCGAUGCGAACAGCCGGCCAGGCAUGGCGGUCAGCUGGUACAAGGAGGGGGUCAGGCUGCUGGCCACGCCCCGCAUCCAGCUGCGUGGCGCCAUCAUGGAGAUCACAGGUGUGACGUAUGAGGAUUCAGGGCUGUAUGCCUGUGUUCUUCGAGGAACUAGAAAUCCCGUGCAGAACUUCACAAUCACUGUGGCGGACAUGCUGGGAUCAGGAGACGACGAUGAGGACGACGGCGUGGACGAUUCAUCUGCUGAAACUGAAAAGGACCAAGUUUACUUCUCUAGGGGGCCCUACUGGACCCACAGCCACCGCAUGGAGAAGAAGCUGUACGCAGUUCCUGCAGGAAACACUGUGAAGUUUCGCUGCCCUGCUAUGGGGAGCCCAGUGCCGACAAUCCGCUGGCUGAAAAACGGACGUGAAUUCAGAGGAGAGCAUCGCAUCGGUGGGAUUAAGCUCAGACAUCAGCACUGGAGCCUGGUGAUGGAGAGCGUUGUGCCCUCAGACAGAGGGAACUACACCUGCGCCGUGGAGAACAGAUACGGAUCCAUCACCCACAGCUACGUUCUGGAUGUUUUGGAGCGCUCCCCCCACAGGCCCAUCCUGCAGGCCGGUCUCCCUGCCAACACCACAGCGGUGGUGGGCAGCGACGUCCAGCUGCACUGCAAGGUUUACAGCGACGCUCAGCCUCACAUCCAGUGGCUCAAACACGUUGAAAGGAACGGCAGCCGCUACGGUCCCGAUGGGACGCCCUACGUUCAGGUCCUCAAGACCGGCAGUCUGAACAUGUCCGAGGUGGAGGUGCUCUACCUGUCUAAGGUGACCAUGGAGGACGCAGGAGAGUACACCUGCCUGGCUGGAAAUUCAAUCGGCUUUGCCUUCCAGUCGGCCUGGCUCACCGUGCUGUCAGAGGAAGAAGCAGCCGAGUCCAUGGAGACCAUGGAGACCAAGUACACCGACAUCAUCAUCUACGCCUGUGGCUUCGUGGCUCUGAUCAUGGCCGUCGUCAUCGUGGUGCUGUGCCGGAUGCAGGUCCAUCCACGGAGGGAGCCUUUCGACGCACUUCCUGUCCAGAAGCUGUCCAAGUUCCCUCUGCGCAGACAGUACUCAGUGGAGUCCAACUCGUCUGGGAAGUCCAGCGCGUCUCUGAUGAGGGUGGCUCGCCUGUCGUCCGGCUGCUCGCCGAUGCUAGCUGGAGUUCUGGAGUUCGAGCUGCCGUACGAUCCAGACUGGGAGUUUCCCAGGGAGAACCUGACUCUGGGAAAACCUCUUGGCGAGGGCUGCUUCGGUCAGGUGGUCAGGGCCGAAGCUUUUGGCAUCAACAGGGACUUCCCGGAUCAGGCCACCACUGUUGCAGUCAAGAUGCUGAAAGAUGACGCCACAGACAAAGACCUGGCAGACCUCAUUUCAGAGAUGGAGCUGAUGAAAGUGAUGGACAAGCACAAGAACAUCAUCAACCUGCUGGGGGUCUGCACACAGGAUGGCCCCCUGUACGUGCUGGUGGAGUUCGCCUCCAAAGGCAGCCUGAGGGAGUACCUGCGGGCCAGGCGGCCUCCAGGCAUGGAUUACACCUUUGAUGUGACUAAAGUGCCUGAGGAGCAGCUCACCUUCAAAGACCUGCUGUCCUGCGCCUACCAGGUGGCCCGAGGGAUGGAGUACCUGGCCUCUAAAAGGUGCAUCCACAGGGACCUGGCAGCCAGGAACGUCCUGGUGACGGAGGACAACGUGAUGAAGAUCGCAGACUUCGGCCUGGCCAGAGGCGUCCACCAGAUCGACUACUACAAGAAAACCACCAACGGCCGGCUGCCGGUGAAAUGGAUGGCACCAGAAGCUUUGUUUGACAGAGUCUACACCCACCAGAGCGACGUAUGGUCGUUCGGCGUCCUGAUGUGGGAGAUUUUCACGCUGGGCGGGUCGCCGUACCCCGGCAUCCCGGUGGAGGAGCUGUUCAAGCUGCUGAAGGAGGGCCACCGCAUGGACAAGCCGUCCAACUGCACACACGAACUCUACAUGCUGAUGCGUGAAUGCUGGCACGCUGUUCCCACCCAGAGACCGACGUUCAAGCAGCUGGUGGAGGAGCUGGACAAGGCGCUGCUCUCCAUCUCUGACGAGUACCUGGACCUGUCCACGCCGUUCGAGCAGUACUCGCCGUCCUGUGAGGACACUUCCAGCUCCUGCUCCUCCGACAACGACUCCGUUUUUACGCACGACGCCCUGUCCACCGACCCUGGCCUACCAGGACGUCCGUUCUCGGAUCGACCCCAAAACGGCUCUGCGAUAGACUCUGCUUCCUGCUGGCGCCUCACCGAAGGUCCAAGCUGCAUUUCCCAACUCAAAGGUUUCAUUCUCAUUGGACUUUUCAUGGAAGCCCUUGGAUAGACGAAGGCAUUUCUAUCCACACGGAGCAGUGAGGCCAGCGGAGGAAAACGGACGCAGCGCUCCGGAGAACAAGCUGAACUCUGCUGACGGCGAAACGAGGCGGCGCUGCAGGAAAGACGCUGGAGCUCAAAACUCAUUCUGUGCUUUUUCUGCGGUUAGUUUUCCUCUGGAGAGGCGAAGAGCUGCUUCACCAACCCAGAAACCUGAAGACGUUUUAAAGACAAAUUACUAUUUUGCUAUGAUAAAAAGUUAAGAAAUUGAUUGUUGAUAUAAAUUGCUCUAUAUAAUAAUAUUUUACGUUUGUAUUGCUUAUUUAAAAAAGAAGUCUUAAAUCUCAGGAUCUCUCACUCUAAGAAGUUGCCGUAGUGGCAGCAAAGUGCCUGAACUGAUGAUUUCCUGUGAAUAUAUUAGAAUAAUAAAAUAUUUUAUGUACAUAUCAGUGACAGAACAACAGCUGCCUUUCACCAAUUAUUCUGAAUGACAUAAAUAUGAUGUUAUUGUUGGGAAAAUGAGAGAAAAUGUUGACCUCAAAGUACCAAACGUAUUCAAAGUUUAGAGGUUGAGAAAGGAAAAGAAGCGGUUCGAGAGUUUUACUUGAGAACUCUUCAAAUUAAAUCUUGAAUUUUUUUAAAGAAAAUGGAACCACAAAAACAGUUGAGGUUUUGAGUCUUUUGGAUUUGAGAUUCACUCUAAGCAGUUACUAUCUUACCUGUAGUAAAUAACACUAGGAAACUUCAUUUAGCAUUAAUUCAGAUUAGCUCACCUGAGGCUAAAGCUAACGGCUGAUAUGAGGAGGACAGAGACAGAGGGAGUCAAAACAACUCAUUUUGUGAAGAUAAUGUCAUAUUUAAGGAAAAAACAGGAUGAUUUAAGUGGAGAAUGUAGGUUGGAGGCGGUGCGCCAUGAAUGAUCUUCCCCCGUGAAACGGUGAAACCCAUAAAUACUCAUUCCUUUAGUUUGCAUUUUUAAUUUUGCUUAAGGCAACAACUUUCUGCUCCAAGAAGAAAGAAAAUUAAAAUAAAAUAAUGGGAAAAGUCCACACACAUCUGGAGUUUCUGUGUAUACACAAAUACAGUGCUCGCAAGUUUUAGCAGCACUGGAAUCCCGUACACCUCUGUUACUACAAGCACUGACAGCAGUCAGUUGAAAGCAAGUUUUCCACUUUUGUGAUUGUCUGACUGAUAAACGCAUAAAUUGUUGUGAAAAGCUUAAACAUUACUGUGAUUCCAGUGGACUGUAUGUAUGUAGACAAUCAAAUGCUCCAUUCUCCGUUUGUUUCACACAGGAAGACCAAUGGUGGCGGACACGCCUCCAUGACCAGCUUCUGUCCUGCAAACAUGGACAAUUUAAAGAUAUUUAUUUGCUUUGAGACGUCAGGUGUCUCCAUAUGAAGCCGUUUAAUUUACUUACAUUUCUGCUUGUUUCACACAGGACAAUGAUCAGUGGUGCACCACCUCCAUGCUUCAUCUUCUGUUAAUACUUAACAGCUUCUUGGUAAACAAAAGUCCACUGUGACAAUAACGACGGC